UCAUGAAAAUCCCGCAACAUGCCUCCAAAUCACCGGAGAGCCGCAUCACCCGCACGUCCCGCCUCCCUCCUCUUCUCCGUGCGGGAUCCCGCACCGCACCGCUUCACCCUCUGAAGCCUCCGCGUUGUUUUUCUGCGUCUCUCUCCCUUUUUUUUUAUUUUUUUAUUUUACCGCAGCACACACACACACACACACACACACACAGACACAGAGCUGGUCUUCCUGUCUUCAUUCUGCUGAUGCUGCAGUGUCGCUCCUCUCUCUCGUGUGUUCCUCACGUCUUCUCUCGUGUUUCCAGCAUGAUUUUGAUAAAUAUUCAGUCCGGAUUUUCGCUGCCAAGCCGCGGUACUGAAGCCUCCUCCUCCUCCUCCUCCUCCUCCUCCUCCUCCUGCAGCGGGCUGCUCCGCUCGACGCUGAAAACCUACACCAAGAGGAUACGGAUGUUAACCAAGACAACAUAGUCUAUUAAUUUUUCAGAGAUCCUGUAAAACGAUAUCAGUAUUAAACCCAAGUUGGGAGGAGAAGGUGCUGCAGGGUGAGGACGAUCUGCUGCCUCCAGAUCAGCUCAGGUGAAGGACGAAGCGUUUGCUGUAGAGGAGGAGGAUGAUGGUGGGGAUGAUGAUGGAGACGGAGGCUCUGCACAGCGACCGGCCUCAGUAGAGGCUUCUUCACUCCGACCUGCUGCUCCUCACCUUCACGCCGCCUCCUCUUCCUGUCCUCGUCCCACCAGGAAGGAUGACCGUGGUGUCGACAGAAAACAUGGACGAGACCUCCACCCUGCCGGGACACCCGCAGGACCCGUACCCGCCCGACGACGACCACGACGACCACGACUGCUGCGAGCGGGUGGUCAUUAACAUCUCGGGUCUGCGCUUCGAGACCCAGCUCAAGACUCUGGCCCAGUUCCCGGAGACGCUCCUCGGGAACCCCAAGAAGAGGAUGCGCUACUUCGACCCCUUAAGAAACGAGUACUUCUUUGACCGGAAUCGCCCGAGUUUCGACGCCAUCUUGUAUUAUUACCAGUCCGGUGGACGGCUAAGAAGGCCGGUCAACGUGCCGCUGGAUAUGUUCUCAGAGGAGAUAAAGUUUUACGAACUUGGCGUGGAGGCCAUGGAGAAGUUUCGAGAGGACGAAGGAUUUAUCCGGGAAGAGGAGCGGCCCCUCCCGGAGAAGGAGUUCCAGCGGCAGAUCUGGCUCCUCUUCGAGCACCCGGAGAGCUCGGGGCCGGCCCGGGGGAUCGCCAUCGUCUCCGUCAUGGUUAUUCUUAUUUCAAUAGUCAUAUUUUGUUUGGAGACUUUACCAGAACUGAAGGAGGAUCCCAGCCAGCGGAUGCAGAUUGUGGGGAACAUCACGGUGUAUUACAAACCGAACGUCCUCACAGACCCUUUCUUCGUGGUGGAGACGCUCUGCAUCAUCUGGUUUUCCUUUGAGUUGAUAGUCCGGUUUUUCGCUUGUCCCAGCAAGGCGGCGUUCUUUAAAAACAUGAUGAACUCGAUUGAUAUCGUGGCGAUAAUCCCGUACUUCAUCACGCUGGGAACGGAGCUCGCUGACGACCAAGACAACAAGGAGGGGAAGGGAGGAGGGGAACAGGCCACGUCUCUGGCUAUUCUCAGGGUAAUCCGCCUGGUGAGGGUGUUCAGGAUCUUUAAACUGUCCCGACAUUCGAAGGGGCUCCAGAUUUUGGGCCAAACUCUCAAGGCGAGCAUGCGAGAGCUGGGCUUGCUCAUCUUCUUCCUCUUCAUCGGCGUGAUUUUGUUCUCCAGCGCCGUCUACUUCGCCGAGGCCGAGGAGAAGGAGUCGUUCUUCACCAGCAUCCCGGAUGCUUUCUGGUGGGCCGUGGUGUCCAUGACGACCGUCGGCUACGGGGACAUGUACCCCGUGACCAUCGGGGGGAAGAUCGUGGGCUCGCUUUGCGCCAUCGCCGGAGUGUUGACCAUCGCGCUGCCCGUUCCCGUCAUCGUGUCCAACUUCAACUACUUCUACCACCGGGAGACGGAGGGCGAGGAGCAGGCCCAGCUGCUCAACGUCAGCAACCAGAACUUGGCGUCGGAGAGCAACUCGAGCCGCCGCAGCUCCUCGGUGGUCAGCAAGUCGGAGUACAUGGAGAUAGACGAGGACAUGAACAACAGCAUCGACAACUUUAGGGAGGCGAACCUCAGGACUGCCAACUGCACGGCGCCCAGCCAGAACUGUGUGAACAAGGCGAAGCUGCUGACCGACGUGUGAGGCAGCGACCGACACGCCGGUGUAAAUAUGUAGAAACGUCUGGAUGCUUUAUCUUCAUUGGUGCAUUUUAAUCUUCUUUUGCAUUCAAACAUGUGUGAAUACUCAAAGAGGCACACAUGGUCACUUUAUAAAAAAAAUAGAGGCUCAGUUACAUCAUGAAAACACAACGACGGAGUUGUUCGGCAAUAGUUCACGGAUCAGCAGGUGUCGGGGGACGUUUUUGAUAAAUUACUGACUGAUUUUAGACGUUUUUUAAUUAUUAAUCCAACACAUGAAGCUCACAGGUUUUUGUUUCCUUGUUGCUGUGCACCAGAUCAUCAUCAGAGCCGUCGUCUUCUGUUAGUUUUGGCACAGAGACGACAGAAAAGCCCGUGUCACAAACCGGAGGUGUUCAGUUUGAAAGAUGUGGGCGUCCACCAGGCAGGGAGAGUCUAUUAAAAGACACCGCUGAGUUGCAUCAUGGGAACUAUUAGGUGUUGGUGCAGCAGUUAAGACUGUCUUGAUCUCUUAAUCCAAAUUUGCAAGUCUUUACCUAAAGAAAGGGCCAACAACAGACAUUAUUGUAGUUCUCGUUGGAUUGCAUUGUGGGUAAUGUAGGAAACAGUGAUUUCUGGAUACCUCAGCAGUGCAACUCUUUCAGUCAUCUUUACUUUGCUUCAGCAUCGUCGUCUUCAUCGUGUCUUAAGUGCAAAUUUUAGAAACUCCAGUUUGUCUCUGAUGAACUCAGAUGAGCUGAUUAAUAAAGUGAAUCUUGUUCUGGAGUUUAUUUUGUAACAGGAGAGAGACGGAAAGGAGCAAAGUAAGUGAGAGGACAGAUUAUCUGAGACUGUGAAGCAUCUUCUCUAAAGAAUAACAGAAGUGUGUAAGAUACGAGUAAAUACAAACAGAAAAGAUUUAGAUUAACAAACUGAAGGAAAUAAAGGGACACGAUUUAUUAAUCCCACACAGGAAUUUAUCAAAAACUCUCCCUGACACCUCCGACUGAGCAACAGACUCAACUUUCAGGAAAAAAAACAAAGUACAGAACCCAGCUGAGGUUUGAUCGGGCCGGCGGACGACUUCCUGCAGAAUCACACUCGGAUGGAUUACAGUUGGAAGUUCUGGCGUGUUUUCACUCUGCGGCACAUCCAGGGACACUUUGGAAAAACUCAACGGCAGACGUGGAUCGAAGUUUUUUUCCAGGCACCUUAUCAGAAGCGAACAGGAAGCGUGCCGAGCCUCGUGGAGGAUUAUCUGCUGCUACAGACCGACUGGCGGUUCCCCGUUCGACGCCACGCAACAACUCCUUUAUAUAAAAGCAUGUGGAGACUCUCUUCUCUCUUAUAUCGGCAUGCACAAGACGUUACCUCAUUCUUAUUUUUUACAUCUUCUCCUUCUUUGACCUCUCAUCUUUUCUCCUCCUGGGAAUUUUUUCUCUCAUUUGUUUUCACCAAAAGUGCACUGGCUAUUUAUUUAUUGUUUAAAUUAUUUUGGAGCAUUUAAGUGUUGAAUGUUAAAAAAAAAGCAUUAAGGGAACAGGAACUCUUCUUUUUUCGAAGAUCAUGGCAUGUCAAAAAUACUAAAGCAUUAUGGCCUAAUUAGCUAUGGUAUAGCUACGUAUACUCAAUGCAUGACAACAGUAUUAAAUUGCUUGCAGUUGUGGAGGGACCUCGGGAGCUGUGGGAUGAGGAUGAUGAUGAUGAUGAUGAUUCUCCUCAUUGUUGUCAAGCUAACGUCAGGAUACGGUGCAUGAUGAAGGCGCUAACUGCUGAAGGGGACAAAUCUGCUGAAAAAAACAAAAGAAAAAAGAGGAAGAGACGUAAACGACGAUCUCUUUAAAAAAAAAAGACAUUUCUGAAAUUCCAUCGUCCUUUUCAUUUAUCUGAAGCUUUGAUCUUUGACGACGGAGUGCAUGGGAUCAUUUUAUGUGAUUUGUGACCCCCGAUUUUUUUUUCUUUCUUGCAUUUGACUUAAAAAAAAAACAAAAAAAACACAAGAAGUUUCAAGAAGGAAAGCAGAAAUAUUUAACAAAUUUCAUAGAUAUAUUCUAAAGAAUUAGUUUCUAGUGCCUUGAACCCCGUCUCAUUCUAGAAUUGAUUAAAGUGCCUCCCGUUACAAAAAGACAGCGAAGAGCUUAAUGAUGUGCAGCUUAACUUCCUGCCAUGAAGAUGCACUGCUCCCUGCACAUCUGGAGACAAGAGGCUUGCAAACAGAUGUGUUUGGAUAAAGAUAUGAAUAUAUAUUCCUCCUCCUGGGGCCUCGCGUGACGACGGUUGAUGACACACGGCUGCGUUACGUAUUUUAAAGACAGAGGAGAUAAAACAAAGGUUGUUUCCUCUGUCGUACCUCUGCAGGUGCUUCAGUUUGACCUCCAUCACAGAACGUCUCAGUAUUUCAGGUGUUAUUCUCAAAACUGUGUCUUUUCUGAUCUACUCAUGGGGCAACAUGACGGCUAACCAAGCUAGCUGUCUGGUUAGCUAGGCGGCAAUCUAGCCUUCUCAUUCAAAUGUCUCUAAAUCCACAAACAUGUUAGCUUCCUGGGUUAGCUAACUACAUAGGGCUCGACUGAUGAGUCAGUUUGUCAGCUAACGAAACUGUCUGGUUAUUCAGGCAACCAACUACUUGUCUCCAAAUCCAAAUGAAAGCAUCUGAGGCUAAACACAUGGAAACUAACUGCAGAGGCAGUCAGGUGGCUAACAAAGCUAGCUGCUAGGAUCUAUGAUGUGUGACUUAAAGGUCAUCAUAAUGAUUUGAACUUUCCUCUGUUUGAUGAAGCUUCUUGUCUGCGUAGUGAUUGGAACAGUUAGCAACAGCUGCUGAUGCAGGAGGCUAACUGGUGUUUAGCACUACUUAAGCUGUGGACUUGGAGACAUUUGUACGGUGAUAAAUGCAAAAAAUGUAGUUUACUUGGAGACUUUAAGAGGUUUGUGCUGCUGAUAAUGUGGCCGGAUCUUGUUUCGCCUGCAAAGCUAGCAGCACAAUUAUGAGAAUAACACUUAAAAAAUACCAGAAACAGAAAACUGAUAUCAGUAAUGUAGAUCAGAUGCAUUAUCAUGAGGCUCAUUAUUUUCAGUUUCUCGCAGAGAUACAGAUGCAGAACAUCAGCAGACUGAGCUGCAGCUGCACUGAGGUCGAGUCCUCGAGUGUCUUUCAAGAUGAAAAGUGGUGUUUUGAGGCUGGUUGGAUCAAUAAACAGCCUCACGAUCACCUCAUGGAUUUACCACUUAUAUACAGACAUAUGGACAGGUUGCAAAAACCUCCAGAGACACAACGUCAGUAUUUAAAGCUACAGCUCCGACUGCAGUGGAAACCUUUCUGAGGACUCUAUCACUUCAUAUCAGAGACACUGCUGCUCUCUGAUUCCUGGGACCAAAACAAAAAGAAAAGAGAAAUCACUGCCGAUAAAGAUAGAGCAGAUCUGCACAUUAUAAAACCAAUCUGUUCUGUGAAAAUGUAGAAAUAAUGAGCCUCACACGUCGUCUCACAGUACUGACCGGACCAUUUUUUAUGCUUUAUUAAGGCUUAAAUAAUCCAACAUGUUCUCAGUGUUUGGAUAAUUGAGUCUGAGGAAAUUGGGGAGAAAUUACGAGCAGAAUAAAUGUUUCCUCUGGCUGGGAGUUGUGGAUUUAGAGAGAUAAUGAUGAAUCUGACCACAGUGGAAGCAGUCGGUGUUUCCUCUGCAGAGCAGCCAGCAACUCAGCAUCAUCUGAACGUAACCACAGGCAUUAGUCACUCUGCAUGCCAGCAAAAUGGCUGCUGCUGCUGCUGCUGCUGCUGCUGCUGCUGCGGUGGUGUUGCUCAGAGGAGGGAGCACAUGGCCUCUCUGCUGUGGUGUUUUCAGGAGGGAAAUGUCAACACGUGGACCCAUUAUUGAGUCUGAAUGAUUGAAAAACAAGUAGAGAGAAGAGCAGAAAGAUCUGGACACAGUGUGCACGACGCAGGACUCGGUUCUGUUCUGCAGUUUGUUCUCAAAAUUCAGUCACAAUGACAGCUGCAAGUGAUGAAUCAUCACGUAACGAUCAGCAGAUCUGCUCUCACCCCCACACAUUCCCUCCUCGCUCAGUGUUGACACUUAGACUCGACCGCGAGGCGACACUCCAACAAAUUAUGUGACACCUAAAAACAAAUAGUGAGUGUAACUUACAAGCCGCGGAGCCCAAACUGUUUCCUCUCUGCUGUUGUUAAGAUGAAAAUGGUGGCGUACGGAAGCCGUGAGAGGCAGGAAGACGCGUCAACUGUUUCCUCUCCUGAACACACGCGGGUCGAACAUGACGUCCUCCAUCUUGUUCCGUCAUGACGAGUACAAUCCUUUUUUUUCUGUCUCGAGAUCUGAAGUUAUACAUGGAAUUACAAAUGUUUUCCUGAGAUAACGAGAUAACGUGAGCGAAAACAACUUCAUAUGAACAUCUGAAUGUUUUACCUGUUGGUGUGAUCUGAAGGUGUUUCCAUCAUGACUGCUGUAACACACAUUUGUUUUCUAGUGACAACAGGUUCAUUCAUCUUGAUAUCUCAGGAAAACAAAGCUUGUUUUGUGAGGAUAAAUUAAGUCCUUUAUAUUUUUUUUUUCCAAUUUGGCCCUCAAGGCUUCCGUAGUGCUACAGUCCCAAAACCUUUGACUGACCGUCACUGACAUGUUUAACGGUGUCCCUUAUAACAUUUGGUCCCCAGAGUAACUGCUAGCUGCUGCUAACUAGAGCUGCUUUUCUGGAUCUGUGUUUUUCACAGCAACACAUGAAGCUUUUACAACAAUAAACCUUCAUGUUGUUGUAUCUAGUUUGUUGAAAUCAAACAAAACUAAUGUGGCACCUUAACGAAACUCUCUGCUGUGUUCAAUCAUUCAGGGUGUUUCAGUUUAGAGGGUCUGCAGUGAUGAACAGUGUGACGUUUGUUCAGUUUGAGGAAACAUCUCCUCCAAACAUGCAGCUCAGCAGCAGCAGCCUCGUCUGAGUCAGGAGGUUUAGUUACGUAAGAGUCUGCAGGUUUUUAUUUUCUGACAGCUCAGAAGUGAAAUCAGCAGCGGAGGGAUUUGGUUUCGGGAUGAAAACUCUGCAGACUCGUCGGCAAAUUUCACACUUGAAAAUGACUUCCUGCGACUGUGGAGACUUGGAGCUGAAUCUCAUCAGGGUCGAUGUGUGUUUGCGCUUAUAAAACACCUGAGCAGCCGAGCACAGGUGUUCUCACUUUACACCUCGUCUCAGAGGUCGAGCUGCUCGUCAGGACUGCUGCAAAGCACCUGUUUGGGUGAACGGUACCUUUAAAACCUCAGUUAAUUACUUGUAUUCAGAGGUCAGCAGGACCUGAACAGAUCCCACAUGUUGUGAGUCUGGUUGUGCUGCUUUAGGAUUAAUUAGACACCAAGUGGUCUUUUAAAUCUGAGCUGUGUCUUUUAUCCAAAUUAUGGAUAAUACUCGUGUACAUGAGUAUCAGCAGCUUUACUCCCAGGAGUUAUCUUGAGUGUAAAAGUUACAAUUUGCUCACUGAAAUAAGAAAUUAAGACAAAUAUCUUUGAUUGCAAAAGUUAGAAAAGUCCGUCUGUGCUGGACGACGUGUUUCCUGGAGGUUUCCUGUGUGUCUGUGUGUCAUCGACAGCUUGUCUGAGGCUCGUUGAACAAAAUUGCCGUCGAACGAAGAACAAAAUAAAUCCCUUUAAUUAAAGUUUCAGUCAGAUGAAAAACAAAAACCAACGCUUCAGAGGUGCUUCAUGUCGAACAUGCAGUCGCUCCAACGGAGGCAACGAUUACAAAUCUCACAACUUGUUUUUCUUUUUUCUUUUUAAAAGAAUGAAAUCACAUAAAAAAAAUAAAUAAAAUCCUAUAUUUUCUUGACAGAUGUUUAAGAUUAGUGAUUAAAAGCAACAUCAGGGUAGUUUGGUAGUGUCGUGGUUUUCAACUCCUGUUUGUUCAUAUCUGUCGUGUUUUAGGCCAAAUGUCUGAGAUCUAUCUGCACCAUGAAGGGACCAAAAGAUGUUUUAUAGUUUGUUGUUUUCACAUCAUCAGAGCAGCUCGACAGACGGAAAACAAAGAACAUUUUCCAGAUUGUUCCUUCACAAAACGUUGUUUCUGUCUGCAGUAACGAGGACGAUCGACGCCUUUCCCUUCCAAAAUAAAGUUCAUAUGAUUUUUAGUUUUCAAGCUUCCAACUGCCAAGUCCAAAAUGUUAAUUACUGCCGAUUAUGUGAUUGAUCAACCAGUUCUGAUUAAUCUGUUGUUUUCAGGACAUCUGGGAAAUAUUUUGGUUUUGAUUCUCCUGUGAUCUGUUUCGCAGGCUGAUGUUAAGCCACAAACGCAGAGUUUCUCAACCUCCACAGAUUUUUGUGUGAUUUUAUUUUUCACCUGUCACGUCACACGUCACUUAUGUGCAGCUUUAAACUGACAGUAUUGCAUGAUUUCUGUUCUUCUGAACCUCUGUGCCCUUUACGACAGAUCACUGACCAGUAAAAUGAAUCAAUCAUCUGAAUCAGAGUCUAUUGAUUUGUUCAGAAAGAAGUUAAUGACAGUUUAGAUAAUCCAUCCGAGGACGAGCUGAAGGAAGCUGCUGUGUAGUCCGACAGCGCCGUCACCAUCUCUUGUCCACAGGGGGCGCCACGGUCAACAAAAGAUGAAGCUUACCUGUCGUAGCUUAACAUAAAUCUACCCAGUAUUUGCUGGUUUGGCUGAAGAAGUGGGAGGAUUUCUUAAAUUGAUUUCCUUGUUGGUGUUUUGAGUCCAACAUAACAGGCGAUGAUACCACUCCAGUGUGGGCAGUAAUGCUGCGAGGGUGAGACGUCUACCGCGGAAACGUGAGACGAAAUCGACAAUUUUUUAACGUUAUGCAGCUGAACGAGUUCUAUUCAACCAAAACAAGAAGUUUUCCUGAACCUAACCGUGUGGUUCUGGUGCUGAACCCAAAACAAACAGUUAAAUCAGUGAUAAAUGUUCCAGACCUCCCUCAUACCGUCGUCACUCUUUGGUUCGGUUCAGGUAAACAUUAUGGUUUGGGUGAAAAUAACAAUGUUAAUUAUCCUCAUUUGUAAGUUAAAAGUGACCUCCUGACUUCCUCCUUUGCUGCUGUAGUAACCAAUAUGGCCACUAGAGGUCACUGCCAAACCGGAAACAUAAAUCAGGAUUCUAAGCUGCCUCAUCUUCAUACCUCAACGAGGAAACAGGAUGAUUAUCAGCCUGUUAAAACAACAUGGCUGUUGUCUUGUACCAGUAACAGCCGUACUGAACUGUCAUCAUACUCUCACAGUUUCAUUCUCUUCAGGUAACAAAACUAUUUCGUAGGUUCUUGAAAUCUGGUGGUUUGGGUUUAAAUAACUAACAUAACUACAUACACGAGUUCUGCCUCUGCUUGACUUCCUCCUUUGCUGCUGUUAGAACCACUACGGCCACUAGAGGUCGCCGCCUAACAAGGCCAGUGAAUCUGGAUCGUAACGCACUUGCACAUACGACUUAUUAGCUUGUUUUUCUGAUUAACCUCGGACCAUCGACAGUGAACGUAUCUUACUUCAGUUAUUCACGUAUGUGAAAGUAUAAAAACAGUAGUUGUUGUUUACAUGGGAGCAGUGGCCUCCUGUCGAGAGUCCUCAUCCACCUUCGUUCUCCUCCCUCUGCAGCUCUUUAUACUACAUCACCUGCCUUCCUCCUUUGCUGCUGUAACAAUCGCUCUGUGCACUAGAGGUCGCCGCCAACAGGAAACGUAAAUAUGGGUUGUAUGUUGUUGUUAAUAAUUGAAGGCUAUCAGAUCAAUUUGUAAUCAAAAUGAUGGUUUAUUGACAAGACAAUCCGAGGCUGAUGGACACUGGAUCCUUCAGGCAGCUUCACUGUAUAAUUAGCUGCCGUCAACCUGGAAUAUUUCCACAGAUUUCGAGCCUGUAAAUGAUAUUUAUGAUCUAAAAUGAAAACAACGACACAUCAUCAGGUUCCGAGGACUAUUUUUACCGUUCAAAGAUCCCCGAGGAAUUCAGUCCACAAAGACAUGUCAAACCAAAGUCAAGCUAAAAAUAAACAGGUUGAGAAACUCUGCAUCAGUGACUGUGUUCAUAGGGAUGUGAUCUAAAAAGCCUUGACACGAGUGAUGAUGAUGGUGAUGAUGAUGGUGAUGAUGAUGAUGAUGAUGAUGAUGUUGAUGGUGAUAAUGAAGUGUCAUCAUGUGACAGAGAGAGCUGCAUGAUCACUCACAUGAAUUAAUACUAGUGGAAUAUUUGAACUCAAACAAACAUUAUUAUUAUUAUUAUUAUUAUUAUUAUUAUUAUUAUUAUUAUUUAUUAUAAACAUCACAACAUUUGUUCUCUCGUCAUGAUUUAAAACGUUGUGUUUUCAGAGGGAUGACUGGUUACUUUGGGACUAACGAGGUUUGUCAUUAGCGGUAGUUCGUGUCCCCUCUCGUCCUUAAUCACAAUCAUAAGCCAAAGUCUCAUCCUGACCACGAUGACUUAAAGUCCCGGUGCCGGAGACGUCAUAACAAAAUAUCAAAAGAUGAAAAUACUCUCCACUGGGCGGUCGAGAUCCUCCCUGAACCCUGCAGUCGUUCAGAUUGCACCACGUCGGUUCUUUUUUAAUUUGAGCUUCUGUUUCGUCUGAGUUCUCGCUGCAGUAUGCAAUGUUUGUCAUUGGUUGGUGAGGCAUAGUCUGUAACCUAUGCAAGGUUAGUCGACGAUUUAUGUCCAUUCUGAUCUCAUCAUAUUACAACAGUUUCAAUAAAUUUUGAAAGAUA